GUGACAACUUUGUGGAGUACCGUGGCUGUGCUUCUCAUUUUACUUUCACGAAACCAAAACAAAUACCAAUGCCAUAUAAAGCAACCCCCCACUUUCCCAAAUCUACAGGUGGGAUUUCUGUUUUCUGAAAUUUUUUCUCCAUCUGGGUCUGAUCCAAAUUUAUUGGAAUUGUCAUCAAAUGGAUAAUAAUGAGAAAUACUCGGAGGAGUUAAAUGUGGCCGUCAGGGUUGUGCAUAUGGCAUGUGCUCUCUGUCAAAAGGUGCAAAAGAGUUUGCUCUCUGCCACUUUUGAUGAUGAUGUUAAGUCCAAGGAUGACGAUUCUCUUGUUACUGUUGCAGAUUGGAGUGUGCAAGCAACUGUAAGCUGGAUCCUUUCAGAUGCUUUUGGCAGAGAAAAUGUCUCCAUAAUAGCUGAAGAAGACGUGCAAACUCUCUCCAAAUCUGACUCAGCAGGUCUGUUGGGUAAAGUUAUUAGCACGGUCAACGAAUGCUUAGCAGAAGCUUCCAAAUAUGGCCUAAAAAGUCCUGAUGAAGCCCUGGGGCCUUCAGAAGUUCUUGGGGCUAUUAGUCGCUGCAGUUCAAGUGGCGGUCCUGUCGGUAGGCAUUGGGUUCUUGACCCGGUUGAUGGAACAUUGGGGUUUGUGCGUGGAGGUCAAUAUGCUGUGGCACUAGCAUUGAUUGAUAAUGGAGAAGUUGUAAUGGGAGUGCUAGGUUGUCCUAAUUACCAUGUGAAGAGGGACCGGCUUAAUAACCAGAAGCAAAAUCAUAUCGCAUCAGAUAUUUCAAUGCACUCAUCUCAUGUGUUGGAAGUAGGAUGUGUGAUGUACACAAGGAAAGGUACUGGUGAAGCUUGGGUGCAGCCACUGGUUUAUGGCGAUAGGAAAUUUGAGUGGCCAAAUUUUGCAAAACAAAUUCAUGUCUCUUCAAUUGAUGAUGCCGCAUUGGCAACUUUUUGUGAGCCAGUCGAGAGAGCCAAUUCAAAUCACAGCUUCAUCGCUGGACUUGCUUGCUCUGUUGGGCUUAGAAAUAAGCCCCUCCGUGUCUAUAGCAUGGUAAAAUAUGCGGCCAUAGCACAGGGAGAUGCUGAAAUUUUCAUGAAAUUUGCAAGAGCUGGUUACAAAGAGAAGAUUUGGGACCACGCAGCUGGUGUUCUCCUUGUACAAGAGGCUGGCGGUGUUGUAACCGAUGCAGGAGGGCGUUCACUUGAUUUUUCUAGAGGGAUAUACUUGGAAGGUCUUGAUAGGGGAAUAGUUGUUUGCUCCGGCGUUAAGCUGCAUGAGAAACUAAUUGGAGCUGUUUAUGCCAGCUGGGAUUCCUCUAAUCUAUGAGCCUCCCUUUUCUGCUCGAC